GUUUUCUUACAUCACUAAAACUUUUGCAAGAUGGAGCCUCUUUUGCUUGGUUUUAACAAAUCAGUAGCAGCACGUGUAUAAAAAGUGCCAAAUAAUUUUCAGAAAAUGGAUGACCGAAGUGAGAUACCUCAGGAUGGCCCCGCCGGCAUGGAACCCGAGGGCGUCAUCGAGUCCACCUGGCACGAGGUGUACGACAACUUCGAUGACAUGAACUUGCGCGAGGAGCUGCUGCGCGGCAUCUACGGUUACGGUUUCGAGAAGCCGUCGGCCAUCCAGCAGCGCGCCAUCAUUCCCUGUGUGAAGGGUCGCGAUGUCAUUGCCCAGGCCCAGUCGGGAACUGGCAAGACUGCCACCUUCUCGAUUGCUAUUCUUCAGCAAAUCGACACGUCCAUUCGCGAGUGCCAGGCGCUGAUCCUGGCCCCCACUCGUGAGUUGGCCACGCAGAUCCAGCGCGUGGUGAUGGCGCUCGGCGAGUACAUGAAGGUGCACUCGCACGCCUGCAUUGGCGGCACCAACGUUCGCGAGGACGCCCGCAUCCUGGAAUCCGGUUGCCAUGUGGUGGUCGGCACUCCUGGUCGCGUCUACGACAUGAUCAACCGCAAGGUGCUGCGCACCCAGUACAUCAAGCUGUUCGUGCUCGAUGAGGCCGACGAAAUGUUGUCCCGCGGUUUCAAGGAUCAGAUCCAGGACGUCUUCAAGAUGCUGCCCCCAGAUGUGCAGGUCAUCCUGCUGUCCGCCACCAUGCCGCCGGAUGUGCUCGAAGUGAGCCGUUGCUUCAUGCGCGAGCCUGUUAGCAUCCUGGUGAAGAAAGAGGAACUGACCCUCGAGGGUAUUAAGCAGUUCUACGUCAACGUGAAGCAGGAGAACUGGAAACUGGGCACACUGUGCGAUCUGUACGAUACGCUGUCCAUCACCCAGUCGGUUAUCUUCUGCAACACCCGUCGCAAGGUGGACCAGCUGACCCAGGAGAUGUCUCUCCACAACUUCACCGUCUCGGCCAUGCACGGUGACAUGGAGCAGCGUGAUCGCGAGGUCAUCAUGAAACAAUUCCGUUCGGGCUCGUCUCGUGUUCUGAUUACCACUGAUUUACUGGCGCGUGGUAUUGAUGUGCAGCAGGUGUCGUUGGUCAUCAACUAUGAUCUGCCCUCGAACCGCGAGAACUACAUUCAUAGAAUCGGUCGCGGUGGUCGUUUCGGUCGCAAGGGUGUUGCGAUCAACUUCAUUACAGAUGAUGAUCGACGAAUCCUUAAGGAUAUUGAACAGUUCUACCACACAACAAUUGAGGAAAUGCCUGCUAAUAUUGCCGAUUUGAUUUAAAUUUUUUCUGCUGAGCCGCAAAACAACUAAGAAAGAAUUCUAAACAAAAAGUGAGUGAGCAAAACAGCAAACAAGAACUGCGAAAUCGAUAACCGAGCGCAACUAUAAAUUAUUCAAAGAUCAACAAGUCAAGUUAAAUAUUUAUUCAAACAUUAAUUCGAAAAGGCAGCCGACCGACGACCACCCAACAAAAGGACUAAACCAGGACAGAGGAGCAACAUCUUCUGCAGCGGCGCAGCAGCAGUAACAUCAGCAGCAGCGGAAGCGGCAGCAACAACACCUAGCUAGAGCUUACAAAUUAUCGCCGUAUAGCCGGAAUCCCUCUGUAUCCAUUUAGUUCUCUGUGUAUCAUCAAUUUUAAAACUGCGUCGUCAACCAGCAACAACAAAUAUAUACAAAUAUAUAAAAAACAAAACAAAACAAAAACCAACAUUUGCAUCUAUCUAAAGAAAGUAAUAUCUAAAACCAGGUACAAGAUACCACGAGCUCAGAAGAGCGAGCAACUAAACGCAAAAGCCACAAUAUCAGAACACCUUUUUGCCGCACCUUUGUUUUAGCUUUUUCUAGAACUAUUGAUAAAAAUAUAUUAAAAACAAAACAAAAUACA